CUAACUUCCUCGUACAGUCACAUGCAUUUUUGACUAAUCACUUUUUUUUAGUGUUUCGUGAUAAGUUGAGCUUUAUAAGUGUGAUGCACUUCUCAAAGCACGCAGCCAUUUCAAAAGAGCCCACUUUUAAAGAAAUUGAAACUUAGUGGAAUAGACUGGUUUGGUAAACGGCUACAUCCCUCAACUGUUAAGUUAAGCCUGCAGUUGCCCUACCAGUUCCACUUCCUAGCUCAUGUUUAGUUUCGUUUCUCUCUCUGAUCACUGGGCAGCUGCUUAUUUUCGCAGUCAACUAGCCUACUCAUCUCAGUGGAAAAAAGUUGGCAUAGCUUGUCCGUCACCUCGGUUUGGCUCGAAGAAAUCAGCAAAAUGAAGAUGGGAGUCUUUUUCCUGAUUGCCACGUGUGUCCUAUCCACAGCAAUCACAUCAGCCCGGGAGAACAACAAACACAAGCCACCGGGAACCCUUCAUCCCCCAGCCGAGUUUACUAGUGUACAACCCCAACCCACAACAGCCAAAAUAACAACCACUACAACCACCACCACAACCACCAAACCCAUGACCACCACCAAAUCCACGACCACCACCAAACCUACGACCACCACCGAACCCACGACCACCACCAAACCCACGACAACCACCAAAGCCACUGCAACCACCAAACCCCACACAACCACAAAAUCCACCAAACCCCCUACAACCACAAAACCCACCACCCCAAAACCCACCACCACAAAACCCACCACCAAACCCGGCCCUGUGCCAGGUCCAACUCCGUCCCCUAACAUCACUAUGGGCAGCUUCAACUAUUCAGAAGGAGACACGCUUUAUGUUAUGGCCCAGAUGAUACUUAUGAUCAAAGUGAAUGACAGCAAGACUGUAGGUACGUUCAUUGUCCAACCAAGUAUGACAAAAGCAACUGGUGUGACUACUAAGGACUCCGUGAAACUCAUCCUAACCUUUCAUGAGGGCAAUAUUACAUUUCUAUUCCAAAGGAACACAACCUCAAAGACUGUCUAUGUCAGCUCUUUGCAUAUGGACCUGGCCUACGCUUUCAAACAAGCAGAUAAGCAGACUUACAGCACCAAGAAUGAAUCACUGGAUCUCUUCAAGGCAGCCAUUGGCCACUCCUACUCCUGUAAGAACGAGUCCAUCUUCCUCGGAAAGGGGAUAUACUUGGAAGUGACCCAGGAUAGAGUCCAGGCCUUCAACUUCACUGCGAACCAGUUUGGCCACCCUGACCUGUGCAAGGCCGACCAGCCUGACUACACUGUUGCCAUCGCUGUGGGCGUUGUCCUUCUCAUCCUCAUCGUUAUCGUGAUCCUUGCGUACAUAUGCAGCCGCCGACGCAGGUCCGACGGCUACCAGUCCCUGUGAGGAACGUGUGCGGGCAAAGGAUACCAACCACCUCCGUCCGUGGAGCAUCAUUCAUCCUCUCAUCUCAUCUGUAGGCCUAAUGCUCCCUCAGCGUCCCAAUGUGGAAGUCAUAUUUUGUAAUCUCGACAGUUUACAGCUUUGUUUCUUUGCGCACUGUGUUAUUAACUGAUGUCUGUAGGAUGCUAUUGUGUGAACUGGUGUUGAGUGAAGGUCACUAUCCUCAUAAAGCACUGAUUUUUGUUUUUUGUUGUUGUUGAUUUGGCUUUUUCAGCUAUAAUGAAGUAUUAAUGAAAAAGGGAUGACUGUCACUCACAUCAUACUAAAGGGAAUCAAGAUAGGUCUAUGCCACAAUAUAUUGUAAAACUUUGACAAAAUAGUAUUUCAGAACGACAUGUUUUUCUGAUUCAGUUCCUUACUCAAAGGGUAUGUAUAAGUGGGAAUAAUAAUAAUAAUAAUAAGGUGGUUGUUGCAAAGCUUUAAAGUUUUAGCCGUAGUGAGCUUAUUUAAAGGCAGUCCUCAAAUGUUAUGAAGGGAAUAUAUGCAAAGGCAAACAAAGACUGUAUGCAUUGUACACAGCUACAAACUGGGAAAUAUUUUGAUUGUAUGUUUAAAAAAAAGCAUUUUCAAUUUGUUAAAAUAAAGAGCAACUGACUUUACCAAA